CUAUGUGCUUUUCUUCUGCAUAAGAACGUUCCCACCACGCGUCCCUCUCCCUCUCUCUCUCUCUGAUCGGUGUUCUCCGAUCAAUUCCUUCCAUUCAUUCUUCAAUCGCCGCCAUAACCACAACAUCAAAGAAGGCUUUUUUAAUCGUUUCUCUUAGGCGGCGAGAUGGCGGAUCGGUUGACGCGUAUUGCUAUUGUCAGCAACGACAGGUGCAAGCCCAAAAAGUGCCGCCAGGAGUGUAAGAAGAGUUGCCCUGUCGUCAGAACCGGUAGAUUGUGUAUUGAAGUUACUUCUGCUUCAAAGAUUGCUUUCAUAUCUGAGGAGUUGUGUAUUGGAUGCGGUAUUUGUGUUAAGAAAUGCCCUUUUGAAGCUAUCCAGAUUAUCAAUUUGCCUAAGGACUUGGACAAGGACACUACACACAGAUAUGGUCCCAAUACUUUUAAGCUGCACAGGUUGCCCGUGCCAAGGCCAGGUCAAGUGCUUGGAUUGGUUGGUACUAAUGGUAUUGGGAAGUCCACUGCCCUUAAAGUUUUGGCCGGAAAGCUGAAGCCAAACCUUGGUCGUUUCACCAAUCCCCCUGAUUGGCAGGAGAUUCUGACCUAUUUUCGAGGAUCUGAAUUGCAGAAUUAUUUUACUCGAAUUCUUGAGGAUGAUCUUAAGGCUAUCAUCAAGCCUCAGUAUGUUGACCACAUUCCAAAAGCAGUGCAAGGGAAUGUGGGGCAGGUGCUUGAUCAGAAAGAUGAGAGAGAUAAGAAGGCAGAGCUUUGUGCUGAUCUGGAGCUUAACCAGGUUAUAGAUCGUAAUGUUGGUGAUCUUUCUGGUGGAGAGCUCCAAAGGUUUGCCAUUGCAGUUGUUGCCAUCCAGAAUGCAGAGAUAUACAUGUUUGAUGAACCAUCUAGUUACCUUGAUGUGAAGCAGAGACUGAAAGCCGCUCAAGUUAUUCGGUCAUUGCUUAGGCCUAAUAGCUAUGUAAUUGUUGUGGAGCAUGAUCUGAGUGUCUUGGACUACUUGUCUGACUUCAUUUGCUGUUUGUAUGGCAAACCUGGUGCAUAUGGAGUUGUGACACUACCUUUCUCAGUCAGAGAAGGAAUUAAUAUCUUCUUGGCUGGUUUUGUUCCAACAGAAAAUCUUAGGUUCCGUGAUGACUCUCUUACCUUCAAGGUUGCUGAGACUCCACAGGAAACUGCUGAGGAGGCUCAGUCAUAUGCCCGAUACAAAUAUCCAACCAUGACCAAAACUCAGGGCAAUUUCAAGCUUCGUGUUGUUGAGGGAGAGUUCACGGAUUCUCAGAUUGUUGUGAUGCUGGGAGAGAAUGGAACUGGAAAGACAACAUUUAUUCGAAUGCUGGCUGGUUUGUUAAAACCUGACACAAUAGAAGGUGGAUCUGACGCAGAGAUGCCUGAGUUUAAUGUUUCUUACAAGCCUCAGAAGAUUAGCCCAAAGUUCCAGUCAACUGUUAGAAACUUGCUGCAUCAAAAAAUACGUGAUGCAUACACUCAUCCCCAGUUUAUAUCAGAUGUGAUGAAGCCACUUCUUAUUGAACAAUUGAUGGACCAAGAGGUUGUGAAUCUUUCUGGUGGAGAGCUGCAAAGAGUUGCAUUAUGUCUCUGUCUUGGAAAGCCUGCAGACAUCUAUUUGAUAGAUGAGCCAAGUGCAUAUCUUGACUCUGAACAGCGAAUUCAUGCUGCCAAAGUCAUCAAGAGGUUUAUCCUUCAUGCGAAGAAAACAGCUUUUGUGGUUGAGCACGAUUUCAUUAUGGCAACUUAUCUUGCUGAUAGAGUUAUUGUUUACGAGGGUAAACCAUCACUUGAUUGUACUGCCAAUUCUCCGCAAUCAUUGUUGACUGGCAUGAACCUUUUCUUGUCGCAUCUCGAUAUCACAUUUAGAAGGGACCCGACUAAUUAUCGUCCUAGGAUUAACAAACUUGAUUCAACCAAGGACAGAGAACAAAAGAAUGCCGGGUCUUACUAUUACCUUGACGACUGAGUUUACACUUGCGGAUAGUUUCUCUAGGCCAACUCAACAUUGCUUCAGUUUGAGCUUUUCAUGGAAUAUCAACUUUAGUUCAUUUGAUGCCUUGGCAUAUAAGGAGAUGAUCAUUUUGGCCUUGAAGGCAUCUUUGGCAAUGAAUUGAGGAGCCUGUAUGCAUGCAUGCAGGCGGCAGGCCAUUAUGUUGGUUGGUGCAUUUUGUAUAUUUUAUUCCCUAAAUAUUUAGUGCAGUUGCUUAUCACCAGUUUUGGUAUGACUUAGGUGGGUGGAUAUGAAUGUUUACAUUAGUUUAUAUUGGUCUUGUUUUACAUAUGUUGCCCCAAAUUUAGAGGGACAACCAUUUGAGUUUAAUCUUCUCUUGGGAGCUUAUAAUUUAUUAAUUUAUGAGUUGGAUAUGUAACGUGGAGUAUUAUGUUUCACUCCCUUGUGACUUGAUUUUGAUAGAUGCCUAUACUUUGGAAUAUAUUGCCACCGGAGUGGUUUUUACUUUUUAUU